CUCUCUGUCCUACAUCUAGGGUUUUCUCUGUCUCCUCAUGCCCCUUGAGAGGUUCACCAGGAGGAAGAUGGUUCGGUUAAGUUGCACAUAUCUGCGGGGUUACGAGACCGAGGAGUGAAGAAGGAUCAAGAUCAUCGGGAUUGAGACAGGGACUGAGACCGAUCGAGUCGGAGCAAGAGGAAACCAGCUGAUGAAAUGAUAGGCUGUUCCAAGAAAGCUCGAGCGCGAUGGCGUUGGAUGCGCUCUACCUGUUGAAGCUCCUCCUCAGGUCUGGCCCUCCCGUCGCUACCAUCCCUCAGAUAUUGGCCAACAAUAGUUUCUUCCUGAACUGCAAUAACCUAACCAUUGUAGCUGGUUCUUAUGAAAUCUUGUUUAUUGUUGGAACAUGUCAUAUUCUGGUUGGACUUUCAUUUUGCCACUGUUGAAUUAAGAACUCACAAAAUGACAGCAUUUGCGGGGGCCCACAUAAUAGAAGAAUUUCUAGCUUUCUACUUCAUAUAUCCUUUAAUCCUUAGGCCCCAUAACCAUAUAGAUACAAGGUGUUGUUCACCCCUCUCAGAGUUAAGUAUUUAAUUGUCAGUAUUUCUUUUUUAAGCCUUUGAAUUCUUGUUUUUCAUGUUAGUUAGAUAUGAUCAAUGCUUGCUUUAGGAUUUGGUUAGGCAUCUACACUCUUAUUCUUAUUUAAUCAACAAAGGACUUUUAUUGGAUCAUUUUGGGUAUCUUCAGAUUUCUUUAACUGGAACAAAGUCAAGAUACGCUAUUGUGAUGGUGCAUCUUUUGCUGGGCACCCUGAAAGUGAGUUUAAGGCAAGUCCAGUGGAUGUUUUUCAGCUUGGUCAGGAAUUAUGCAAAUUCUAUUUUUUACAUGUAGUGUGUGUGCAUGUGUGUGUGUGUGAGAGAGAGAGAGAGAGAGAGAGAGAGAGAGAGAGAUUUGACUAGUUAUGUCAUCUCUUCAUCUUUUCUCUAUAGAAUGGAACAGAACUAUUCUUCAGGGGUCAGCUUAUUUGGGAAACACUUAUGGAUGAGCUCUUGUCAAUUGGAUUGUCUAAUGCUAGACAGGUAUUGUUCUUAAUUUUAUAAUAAAAUUACUUUUUUUUUGGGGUUAAAUUAGAGAAGUUGAUAAAACAUUAUUCAUAAUUAAGCUUGUAGAUGACUAAUUCCUUAUUCAAUGGUCAUUAUUUGUGGGAACAUAGUAACAGAUUUCUUCCUUACUGUUAUUUAAGGUGAAAAAGCGAACUGAGACAAGAAGACCUCCUAAGGAAGUGCAAAGUGAUGGCUUCAUCGAAGCGAGCUGGACACUAAGGAAAUUGUAAAAAAUAAAUAAAUAACAUAGACAAAAUCUCAAUAAUUCCCAAAAGUAUGAUGCAUUUAACAUUUCAAAUAAUAAAUAUCCAUCAAAAGCAUAAAACAUCCAAUAAAAUCCGACAUUCCAAAUACUAAUAUCUCACAUAAAUUUAAGAUAUCCAACAACAAAAAUCUUAAGAAAAAUUUCAUUUCAGUUGAGAUUUUUUUUUUUUCCUCCUUUCCAUUUAAUUAAAAAUCGAAACAACAAAAUUUCCAAAUAAAAUAAUAAUAAUAUCAACAACUCCAUACUAUUUCACAACGCAUUUUUUAAUAGCCACUUUAUUGCCAUAAUUCUAAGGCUCACAAUAGCUGCUAUUUUUUUUUCUUCUGUUUUUCCGUAUAUGAAAUUGAUUACAAGAUAUCGCCUAAAAGACAACCAAGUAGUGCUACAUACUUUAUCCAUCUAGAAAAAUAAAAAGAAAACUACAAUACUUUAGACUAUGAAGCAUGGGCAUUUCGAUAAACAUGCCAUACUUGUACCAACCAAGUUGACUAUGAAGCAUGGGUACAAAUCAUGUUGAGCGCCCAGCGAAAGAAAAACACAUAAGAGCUAUUUUUGCUGCUAUUUCAGCUACGAGGCCUCGAGUGGAUGUAGCUUAUUGCAUACAUGCUUUGGCUAGACAAUUAUCAAAGACAAAAUUGGCGUGGAGUAUAUGAGUUUGCUUGCGAGUCAGUACUCUGUGUUGGAUGCAGGGAGUAUUGAGAGAGUUGACAAUAGCACCUUCAGCUGUUACAUAUACAAUUUCAAGUUCUUUGCUUUUGAAGUGUGCCCUGUUUUGUUGGUUAGAGUUGAAGAGGAACCAAAUGGUUUUUGUAUCAAGCUUUUGUCCUGCAAGCUUGAAGGUUCACCAAUUGUGGUUGCACAGAAUGAGAAGAUUGAUGCUUCUAUGGUGAAUAGAGUAUCAUGCAAUAGGAAACAGAGCGACUCCUCGGUGGAUGUACUCACUUCAGAUAUAGCUAUUGAGGUCAGCAUUGAGAUUCCUUUUGCAUUUCAACCAAUUCCCGUGCAAGCCAUUGAAUCAACCGACACUCAAGUACUAGAACAAAUAUUGAGGAUUAUGCUUCCUUGCUUUAUGGCACAGAGCCAACAUGAUGAGUUGGAGGCAAAGUUUUUCGAGGAGAGAGCACCUUUGAAGCUAAAUAGCAAAGCACACUCCAUAUUAUUAUUAUUUUUUUUUUAUUAAAAUGAGAGUAUUAGCAAUUUUUAUUUUUAUUUUUUUGUAUUAACAUAAUGUGAUUUAAGGUUUUUGUUUUUGGUUAUGGAAAAUUGGAAUACUGACUCAUAUUAUGGUAUAUGUUUUGAAAAUGGUGAUGGAUUAUAGGUUGGUUGUUAUUUAUUAUUAUUUUAUU